UUACACACAGAAAUAGGGUUUUUGGACGCGGACGUGUGUUGCUUUGGUUUGUUGUCGUAUUUUUCCAACAGUCGCAGCAGUCGAGCUCGUGCUAACUGAAAAACUGACAGUCGGCGGGUUGUUUUUGGAGGAUGGCGUUUGUGAAAAGCGGGUGGCUUCACAGACAGAGCACCAUCUUGCGUCGCUGGAAGAGGAACUGGUUUGACCUCUGGUCAGAUGGACGUCUGGUCUUCUACGAUGACCAACAGCGACGGGACAUGGAGGAUCAGAUUCACAUGAAGGUGGAUUGCAUCAACAUCCGCAGCGCCAAUGCGUGUAAAGAGCUCACGCCACCUGACGGCAAAAGCAAAGAUUCCCUUCUGCAGAUCGUGUGCCGGGACGGUCGUGUCAUAAGCAUCUGCGCAGACAGUGCAGACGAUGCUUUGGCAUGGACCAUAGCUCUACAGGACGCUAGAGUCAAUAUGGUUGUGGCACCCAAUCAGAUUGGUUUUGCUGAGGAAGCAUCAGCCCCUCCUCCCUAUUCUGAAUUAAAUCCGUCUCCGCAGGUUUACUACCCUGAUGGAUAUGGAGGGUAUGUGCCCCAUCCUCCACCUUAUGCUACACAGAUGGUGUACUCGGCAGAUGGACAGCAGUAUGCAGUCAACUACCCUUAUCAUUAUCAAGGUGGUUACACACCCAACCAUGUUGUAGUGCAGGAGCGUCGCCGGGAUGACGCAGGUGACGUUGCUCUGGGAAUGUUAGCCGGCGCUGCGACGGGAUUGGCCCUCGGCUCUCUGUUUUCUGUGUUCUGAUAUCUCUGUUUAAACUAAGCUUAACCCUUAAGUCCCCUUUGAUCAAGCAACCUGCAGCUGUUUAACUUUAGUCUUUACAUGUAACGUAUGCUGUAGGUCUAAUCAAUUUGUCUUCAUACCAAAGUUUUAUUGAUACUUUUGAUAAGGCAAAGGAGGACACUCCAAAUGUUGAGUCAUAAAGUACUAGUUAUAUUUAACAAUAACCUAUCUUAAAAUGGUACAGUCCCUGAAAACUGAUUAAAUUGAUGAUGGGCAAACCAGAUAUUUUUUUCUUUUUGAUCUGCCUUUAAGAAACGGUUCACUUAAAAUAGAUAUUGUGACAUUCUUCUAGAUUAAUACUUAAAAUGUUUUUUUAUUAAACAUUACCAUCAUGGUUAAGUUGGAAGGAAGGAUUGUAAUGCAUACUGAUUAUGUUAGUUGAUGAUUAUUAUAUGUGCCAGUUGGAGUUGGUCAUGUUAUUAUUCACGAAUGAAUUAAACUAAUCCUUCGACUUCCCUUUACCAUAUUUUCAUAUUUGUUGGUGGCCUUUGUUUAAUAUUUUGUUGUGCUCAUUUAUGCUUCAGUAUUUCUUUUGUGAUGUUAUAAAACGUCCUUUAUAAAAUUAUUUAUUUAUUUUGUUUGUCAUUUAAAUGCUAUGUUUCGUCUCGACUCCUGUUUACGCGUGGAUAUUUUGAGUUCAUCUAAAUCGUUUAGCUAUCUCAAAUGAAUUAGCACAAUUAUUCACAAUGUUUGUGACCGAACGCUUCAGGUGGGAAGUUACUAGAGAUGUAUUUUCUGGUAAUGUGGCAUUGAAUAUACUCUUGAAAUUAUUGUAGCAUUUGCACAAAAUUGUGUGAUUGAAUUUGUUCUUUGCUGUUGUGUAUACUUAUUUAUGUAACAAGUGUUGAAGCUUAAUCAUACUAUGUAAAAUUCAUACAUGAUGUUUCAGGUUAUGGAUUUCAGGUCAUUGUUUUGGCUUUUUAAGACCGAUGAUUCAGAAAAAUGAAGUCUUGCAUCCAAAAUCAUAUUUGAUUGAUUCUUUUUAUUGUGCUGUUUGUUUUUGCUCUUUUUUUGCUUUGCUUAGCCCUUUCAAAGUCUUUCAUUGCAACAUAUUAAUGUUAUGUUGUAAAAUGUAUACACGAUAUAUAUUAAAUAAUCAGUGUGUUAUUAAUAAACUAUUAAAUUAA